GAGGAGGUAAAGUACACACUUAUUAUUAAAAGUUAUAUUAGUUAGUUUGAUAAUUAGGAAAAAAGUCGAGUUUAUCUAUGUAGCAAUAUACUUCAGAGCAUCUAAUAAUAUUAGAUAAACACGGGGUUAAAAAUGAAGGUGGUGACUUGUGAGAUUGCCUGGCACAACAAGGAGCCGGUGUACAGUCUGGACUUCCAACACAACACAGAGGGACGUUUUCAUCGACUGGCCACAGCUGGAGUGGACACCACGGUUAGGCUGUGGCAGGUGGAGCAAGGUCCAGAUGGGAAGGCCGUGGUGGAGUUUUUGUCUAACCUGGCCAGACACAGCAAGGCGGUCAAUGUGGUUCGCUUUAGCCCUAAUGGAGAGCUGCUCGCUUCAGGGGGAGACGAUGCAGCUAUUCUUCUGUGGAAGCUCAACGACUCCAAGGAGCCGGAACAGGCCACUGUGUUUCAGGAUGAAGAAGACGCUCAGCUCAACAAAGAGAGCUGGUCGGUGGUCAAAACGCUCAGAGGACAUUUAGAGGACGUGUAUGACAUCUGCUGGACGCGAGACGGAAACUUCAUGAUUUCUGGAUCUGUUGACAACACUGCUAUUAUGUGGGACAUCAGCAAAGGACAAAAGGUGUGUAUGCUGAAUGACCACAAGAGCUACGUGCAGGGGGUGACCUGGGAUCCACAGGGCCAGUAUGUCGCCACGCUCAGCUGUGACAGACUGAUGCGUGUCUACAGCACUCACACAAAGAAGAAGGCCUUCUGUAUCAGCAAAAUGAGCUCUGGGCCUCUUGCUGAUGGAGAGGUGAAGCAGUACAGAAUGUUUCACGACGACAGCAUGAGGUCCUUCUUUCGUCGUCUUUCUUUUACACCAGAUGGGUCGUUCCUUCUCGCUCCAGCUGGAUGUGUUGAGGUGGGAGAAAACAUCAUAAAUACCACUUACAUUUUCUCCAGGAAAAGCCUAAAGAGGCCGAUCGCCCACCUGCCCUGUCCGUCUAAAGCCACCCUGGCUGUGCGAUGCUGUCCGGUCUACUUUGAACUCAGGACCAAAAAGGGAGAAGACGGAUCUCCCCAGGCUCUCCCCAACCUCUUCCAGCUGCCGUACCGCAUGGUGUUUGCCGUGGCCUCCGAGGACUCUGUCUUCCUGUACGACACUCAGCAGAGCCUUCCCUUUGGCCUGGUGUCCAACAUCCACUACCACACACUCAGUGACCUCACAUGGUCUAGUGAUGGUUCCUUCCUGGCCGUGUCGUCAACAGACGGCUACUGCUCCUUCCUCUCCUUCUCUCCUGGGGAGCUGGGCACUCCGCUCAAGGAGCCUCCCGUCUUGGAAAUCUUUGUCCCAAACAGCGGCGUCGAGAAAAAAGGGAAGAAGACGUCAGCGGGCAAAAACUCCUCUCCGGUUUCCCAGCCGUCGAGCUCCACCCCGAACCCGGCAUCCCAAACCAGCAGCGGUAAAAGAGACUCCCCGUGUCCCACCCCAACGGACGAAAAGAAGACCUCCCCGAAACCCAGAUCGACGCCUCAGCCUCGCAGGAUCACCCUUAACACGCUGGAGGGCUGGGGGAAGCCCACUACUCCCAAACCUUCGACUCCCUCAGCAAGUCAGACUCCGGCAUCUGGAAGCACGAGCGCUCCCUCGACUCCCCAGCCCUCCGUCACUCCCCUCACCCCGACCAGCUCCUCCAGGACCCAGCCCCGCCUCGCACCUCUCACUCCCUCCACAUCAAAGGUUCUCAACACUGCUGGGUCCACAACCCCUAAAGGUCCGACCACCCCAAAAGGACCCACCCCAAGGAGAGUGUCUUUGACUCCCCUUGGAUCUCGGCCUCCAGCUGUCAGCUCACUGUUCAGCAGCGCUGCAGCCGCAGAGAAGGCCAAACACGAGCGUCCAUCUCCCCCCUCCGAUUCAGUUUGCCAACCUCCAGAAUCCAAACGGGCCAAGACCAGUAACACCCCAGUAAAAACCAGAACAUGUAAGGAUUAGCAUUCACCGCCUGGAGUGUGGUGGUGCUUAAAGGAAACAUCAGGAAUAAAAGAACUAUAUGAAGCUCCUCAUGGUUGUAACAGCGCAACAUCUUUGUGUUUGUCCAGCUACAAACUGCAUGACAUUCUGGUCAAAGAGUUGUUUUUGAUUUAGUAUCUUAAACAGAUAAUGCUUUAUUUCCCUUUCCUAAUGACGCUCUGAAGCUUUUAUAGGGGGAGAAAAAUAGUGAAACAAGAUAAAUCUGAGCUGCAGUGCUCGAAGAAGACGAGAAGAACACUUUGAGGUUUGGUAGUUUGAAGUUUAACUCUGUAACCUUUUGAAAACUGAAGCAACAGUUAACAUCUUGAAUUAAAAAUGUCAAAUUAUUAAUAAAAGACUUCAAGUA